AUGUGUGUACAAAAAUUGCUUGUUAUGGAAAUCUUGAUGUUUUGCAAUGGGCUCGCAGCGAAGGAUUUGCAUUGGACAUGUGCCAAUGCUGCUGAACACGGUCAUCUAGAAGUCUUGCAGUGGGCCCGAAGCAAUGGAUGCCCAUGGGAUAAAAAUACUUGUGCAUGUGCUGCUAAACAGGGUCAUUUGGAAGUCUUGCAGUGGGCCAGAACCAAUGGUUGCCCUUGGGAUAUAGAGACAUGCUCUUCUGCAGCUCAAGGUGGGCAUUUGGAAACUUUGAAAUGGGCCCAAACCAACGGUUGCCCCUGGGAUAAAUGGAUAUGUGCUUAUGCUGCUUACGAUGGGCAUUUGGAAGUUUUGAAAUGGGCCAGAAACAGUGGUUGCCCUUGGGAUGAAUGGACAUGUCAUUAUGCUGCUGAAAAUGGACAUUUGGAAACAUUGAAAUGGGCCCAAAUCAAUGGUUGCCCUUGGGAUGAAUGGACAUGUGCUGGUGCUGCACGGGGUGGUCAUUUGGAAAUAUUGAAAUGGGCCCGAACCAAUGGCUGCCCUUGGGACGAAUGGACUUGUUGCAGUGCUGCUCAGUAUCAUCAUUUGGAAGUCUUGCAGUGGGCCCACAGCAAUGGCUGCCUGUGGGAUGAAAAAACUUGCUGCCUGGCUGCCGAGAAUGGCCAUUGGGAAGUUUUGAAAUGGGCCAGAAACAAUGGUUGCCCAUGGGAUGAAAGUACAUGUGCUUCUGCAGCUCAACGCGGUCAUUUUGAAAUCCUGGUAUGGGCCAGAAACAAUGGUUGUCCUUGGGAUGAACAGACUUGUUUCAAUGCUGCUAAGUCUGGUCACUUAAAAAUUAUGCAGUGGGCUCACAGCAAUGGCUGCCCGUGGGAUGAAAAAACUUGCUCCAGGGCUGCCGAACAUGGGCAUUUGGAAGUUUUGAAAUGGGCCCGAACCAAUGGUUGCCCAUGGGAUGAAAGUACAUGUGCUUCUGCAGCUCGAGGUGGUCAUUUGGAAAUCCUGAUAUGGGCCAGAAACAAUGGUUGUCCUUGGGAUGAACAGACUUGUUCCAAUGCUGCUGGGUAUUGUCAUUUGGAUGUCCUGCAUUGGGCUCGUAGCAAUGGCUGCCCAGAAUAG